AUGAAUUAUAUGCUAUUUAUUAGCACAAUAUUACUGUACUUUACUGUUAAUGAAUGUAUUGAUGGUAAACCAUGUGGCGAUGAUUGGACACUAUAUGGACAAUAUAGAUGCGUAAAACUAUUUACCCAGAUACCAUUACUAUCAUAUGAUUCAGCUGAAACAUUUUGCCAGGAACAAUCUAUCAAUAGUAAUAGCCAUGAUAAUAGUCAAUCAUCGGGAUCAUUGGUUGAAAUAAAAUUUCCCAUCGAUCAAUUAGCAAUAGUUAGCAUACUAAAAUUAUAUACUAAUCUAUCGGAUGAUAUAUGGUUGGGUGGUAAAUUUGAGCCAGAUACUAAAAAAUAUCAAUGGAUAAGCGAUAAUAGUCGGGUUGGUUAUACAAAUUGGCAACUAGGUAGUCCAAAAAAUCUACCCGAUCAUUGUAUAGGUAUGACCGUAGAGCCGACAGUCUACGGUCAAUGGUCGGAUGUUAAAUGCGAAAAAAAGAGCAUGGUAAUGUGCCAGAAAAUACAAACAUGGUCAAUGGCUGAUAUGAUUGAACGAUUGAUGACUAUGGAAACUAACCCGGUUCCUGUUGGGUUUAUCUAUGUACAAUUACCUAAUCAACAAGCACCUGGUGAUAUAUGGCCAUGGAUAGCCUGGCAAGAUAUAUCGCCCGAGUAUGCUGGCCUAUUUUUUCGUACUAUAGGCUCAGGAUCGGAACCGUUUGGUAAGGUACAGUCGGAAAAUUCACCCAGAUUGGAUAGUAUAAGCAGCCAACAUAGUUAUGAAAUAGCUUGGGGGUCGAUGCCGAUACCGGCCGAUGGCCAAUGGUCAAAACAUAUAUAUACCGGCGACAGUUACGGUAAAAGCGAGUCAUCGCUGGCCUUUCAUACUACCGGCGGUGAGGUUAGACCGCGUAAUGUGGCCAUCAAAAUAUGGAAACGUUAUGUUUGAUUUUAAUAAAACAAUUAACAUAAUAAUAAUCAAUUAAUCAAUUAAUUAAUUAAAAUAAUAAUCGAAUUAUUUGUAUUGUUUUUUUUAAUAAUAAAAAAAUUAACA